AUGGCUGAAAAUAAACUGCUACUAAAAAGAUCAUCCAUUAAUGUACCAUAUGGUUUUAUCAUACGACAUCUUUCAUCUUAUCCGCUUAUGGAUAGUUCAAAUGAAGGAAUGAAAUCUAAACAGAAGCCAUUCUAUACCUUAGUAAUUCUAAAUGUUAAACCAUCAAGUGCAGCAGAUAAAGCAGGUCUUCAAGUUGGUCAUCAAAUUAUCAAAAUGAAUGGACAAAAUGUCAACCAUUUAACAUACAGCGAUAUUUGUAAAAUUACAGAAAGGUUACUCUAUUCUAUGAUCGAUCUUCUCGAGCGGAAGGAAAAAAAUUUGUUUUACAAUUUAAUAAAUAAUAGUAAUAUCAUUUGCAUAUAG